UACAGCACAAUGAAGUGGUGCAGCCCGCCUUCCACCCCUUUACGCCACGUGGAACGAUCCAGACCAGUGUCGGAGGUAUUUAAAUCCUGGAGCCUGAAGCUUGUGCUGUUCGUGUACAGAAAACCGGCCUAAUCCAGGAAGCAGCACAGACACCAGAGACAGAGAGGAGGGGGGAAGCAGAGGAAAAACAUACUCAGUGCAAAACGUGACCGAGUGGGAAAAAGAGACCGUGAUAAGAGGAUCAGAGAGCUAGAGAAGACACAGUGAAUCUCGCUGCUGCUGCAUAUGUGAGGGUGAGAGCACUCUGUCGCUCUCUCUGUCAUCACUCUCUCUCCACGUCUUCUGUGUCGGUGGGGGAGGGAGCAGCAGCCGUCCUGUCCCGGGCCUGGUGGCAUGUCCCAGCAUCCCACAGCAGCUCACGCAAGCCCACCGCACCUCCACCACGACCGUGAGAUCUGCGUGGUGUAGCAGGGCAGGCCAAGCCCCUGAAUCCUCAGCGCUCCCUCCCUGGGACGCCCAUCACUCACACACUCAAACACUUCCCCAUCAACCUGCGUACAUCCAUGGACGGAAAGUACAAGGAGAUCGCCGAGGAGCUGUUCACUCGUAGCCUGACGGAGAGUGAGAUGCGCACCGCUCCUUAUGAGUUCCCUGAGGACAGCCCAAUCGAGCAGCUGGAGGAGAGACGCCAACGCCUGGAGAGGCAGAUCAGCCAGGACAUCAAGCUUGAGCCAGAGAUCCUGCUCCGCAUCAAACAGGAGUUCAUGAAAAUUGACAGUGCUGCCGACCUAGAGUUUAUGAAUGAGCUGGGUGGUGUGGACAGGACGGAUGAUGGCUGGAUGAAGGAGAGAGUAUUACCGAUGGAGCGAGAGUACCAGCGUGUCUCAAUAUCAGGGGAGGAGAAGUGUGGGGUGCCCUUCACAGACCUGGUUGAUGCAGCUAAAUGUGUGGUGAAGGCCCUGUUCAUCAGGGAGAAGUACAUCGCUCUGUCCAUUCAGAACUUCUGUAAGACCACUGCCCGAGAGCUGGGAGAGCUGGGAGAGAAACCCCUGGACCUACGCAUCUAUGAGGAGAUCCCUGAGACCCCUGUUGAUGCAGAUGCUCCAGUCCACCCCCCUGUCUCAGAGACUCACCCCUAUGAAAACCAGGACACCAAGAACAUGCCUGCAGACACAGGGUACAGCUGUAAGAUGGUGGAUGGGGUCAUGCAUGUCUACACCAAGAAGAGUCCCAUGGAGAAGAGUACAGAGUUGGACCUGCCUUACCCAGACCUGAAGGAGUACAUCGCUGACAUGAAUGUCAUGAUGGCUCUCAUUAUUAACGGACCAGUAAAGUCGUUCUGCUACCGCCGGCUGCAAUACCUGAGCUCUAAGUUCCAGAUGCACAUCCUGCUGAACGAGAUGAAGGAGCUGGCAGCCCAGAAGAAGGUUCCUCACCGCGACUUCUACAACAUCCGCAAGGUGGACACCCACAUCCAUGCCUCAUCUUGUAUGAACCAGAAGCACCUGCUGCGCUUUAUCAAGCGGGCCAUGAAGAAGUACCCUGGGGAGAUAGUCCACAUGGAGCACGGGCGGGGACAGACCCUCAUGGAGGUGUUUGAGAGCAUGAACCUGACCGCCUUUGACCUGAGUGUGGACACACUGGACAUGCACGCGGACCGCAACACGUUCCAUCGCUUCGACAAGUUCAAUGCCAAAUACAACCCCAUCGGGGAAUCCAUCCUGAGAGAGAUCUUCAUCAAGACAGACAACCACAUUGAGGGCAAAUACUUUGGCCACAUGAUCAAGGAGGUGAUGGCUGACCUAGAGGAGAGUAAGUACCAGAAUGUGGAGCUGCGUCUGUCCAUCUACGGCCGCUCCCGGGACGAGUGGGACAAGCUGGCCCAGUGGGCCGUCAAACACCAAGUCUACUCUGACAACGUGCGCUGGCUCAUCCAAGUGCCCCGCCUUUUUGAUGUGUACCGCACCAAGAAGCAGCUGGCUAACUUCCAGGAGAUGAUGGAGAACAUCUUCAUGCCUCUGUUUGAGGUCACCAUUAACCCCCGCAGCCACCCUGAGCUGCACCUCUUCCUCCAGCAUGUGGUGGGCUUUGACAGUGUGGAUGACGAGUCCAAGCCGGAGCACCACAUCUUCAACAUAGACAGCCCCCUACCAGCCAACUGGACAGAGGAGGACAACCCUCCCUACUCCUACUACCUCUACUACACCUACGCCAACAUGGCUGUGCUCAACCACCUACGCAGGAGGCGUGGCUUCCACACGUUUGUGCUGCGCCCUCACUGCGGGGAGGCGGGGCCUGUCCACCACCUGGUGUCGGGUUUCAUGCUUUCAGAGAACAUCUCUCACGGGCUGCUGCUCAGGAAGGCACCAGUGCUGCAGUACCUGUACUACCUGGCUCAGAUUGGCAUUGCCAUGUCCCCCCUGAGCAACAACAGCCUGUUCCUCAGCUACCACCGCAACCCCCUGCCUGAGUAUCUGUCCAGAGGCCUCAUGGUCUCUCUGUCCACUGACGACCCCCUACAGUUCCACUUCACCAAGGAGCCCCUGAUGGAGGAGUACAGCAUCGCCACACAGGUGUGGAAGCUCAGCUCCUGUGACAUGUGUGAGCUGGCCAGGAACAGCGUCCUUAUGAGCGGCUUCUCCCACAAGGCAAAGAGUUACUGGCUGGGGCCCAAAUAUAGCAAAGAGGGCCCAGAGAGCAACGAUAUCCGUCGCACCAACGUCCCGGACAUCCGCGUGGCAUACCGCAGUGAGACCCUGCUGGAGGAGCUCAACCUCAUCACCCACGCUGUGCGCACCAAGGAGCUGGACAACAUCGACGAGGAGGACACCCUCUCCAUGGCUCCCGUCGGGGCAGAAGGACGCUAAAUCAACAACUCCUCUAUUGCUCCCUGGAUAGGUUUUAUUUCAUAUUGGAGGAGAUUUUCUGAUCUUCGAUCUGUUCCUGUCACUUCCUCUGUCACUUUUAUCUCCUGACCCUCCAUUCACACCCCAAAUGAUUUCCUUUGCUUUGUCAUGUCACCCUGCAUGGGAUGGAAGAUCCCACAGUUAAGCCUGUGAUUUGAUGACGUGUUUGUACCCAUCACUGAUAUAACACACACAGACACACACUUAUUGCACAGUUUUCCUGUCCUAAAAGCUGCUUAUCUUCCAUCCCAGCAUGGGCUGC